AACGAAGAACAGUCGUAAAUCGCGCACAUACAAAACGUACAAGCUCUUUGUUUGCAAUUUAAUAUUUUUCUUGUUAGUGCGUCCGACAAAGAUUUUAAAUUUAAAUUCAAGUAAUGAACGCUUAAGUUGAACAACAAAAAAUUAUGUUAAAUUGUUAAUUGAUAAUUGUUAAGGAAAAAAGGAAAUCUUCAUGAUAAUAAGUGAUACAAAAUAAUAUUCAAAAAAUAAAAAUGAAUAAAUUGAAGGAUUGAGUUAUUCUAAGCACAAACUAAAAUUCAAUCUCUCUUAGUGAUCAAUUCCAAUUUCAUUCGCUUUCGUAAUCGAGCGUAACAAAUUUUUCGAAUCAACGCAAUUUAUAAGAGUACAAUUAAAUCUCGAAAGCUAACAUUGCUAUUUGUAAAUCAACGAAAGACAACAAAGAACAAUGCCUGAACUGGUAGAAGUUUCACACACUCUGGAAUUGGAUUUUCCAAAGGAUCUUGAAGAAAUUGCACUUGAACAAGGUGAAGAUCCCAACAAAACAUGUGAAUUGAUGGAAGAAUUAAAGAAUAUGAUUUAUGAGAAAGGAGACUGCAAUCCACAUAGAAUGGACGAUGAAUUUUUAAUAAAGUUCCUACGUGCUCGCUUCUGGAAAGUUGAGAGUGCUUAUAAGUUGCUUUGUAGAUACACAAAGUUCCGUCAAGUUAAUUUCCAUUGGGUUGAUAAAGUUCACCCUCUCCAUCUUCAAUCACUUGGAGAAGAGAACAUCAUGACAACAACACCAUACCGUGAUCAAAAUGGGAGACGUAUGCUUAUUUAUCGUUUCGGUAAUUGGAAACCAUCACGUACACCGGUAGAUGAAAUCUUUAAAGCAUCUCUUAUCGUCCUUGAAAUCGGAAUCAUGGAACCACGUGCUCAAGUGCUUGGAGGUGUUGGAAUUUUUGAUCUCGAAAAUUUGACAUUAAACCACACACUUCACAUGUCUCCAUCUGUAGCUCAAAAAAUGAUUGCAAUGAUGGUGAAUUGUCUUCCAUACCGCUCACAUACAAUUCAUAUUGUUAAUCAAGGUUGGGUGUUUGAUGUCGCUUUCGCUUUCUUUAAACCAUUUCUUAAUGACGCAAUGCGUUCACGGCUAUUCAUGCAUGGCACAAAUUACAAAUCAUUACACAAACACAUCAACCCAGAAAAUUUACCAAAGAAAUAUGGAGGCAAGAUGGAAGAAUAUUCAUACAAGCCUUGGAUUGAACAUUGCAAGACAAAUGAACGUGUGAUCAAAGAGUUGGAGCUUCAUGGAUAUUGUGUCGAUGAAAUUAAUGAAGAAUGAUUUGGAAAGUGUUUUUUGAAAUUCUACAUCAAUUUUAUUCUAUAAUAACAUAUCAAACUUUAUGAUUGAAAAGAUUUUACUUUUUGUUACCAGUUUUAAUAAAGAAGAAGAAGUUAAUAAAAUUAAAAUACAUUUUAAAGCAUCAUUUUUAU